AUGCUCUUUCUCGUCUCGGCCAGGUUUAGCUAUCUCGUCCAAAGGAAGCUGGAGAAAUUGACCGACGAGCUACCACCACGUUUCCACGAGGGCAGCGACAAGCUAUGUCUGAUGUCGAAUCUUGUCGCUGUUUUGGCCUCCAUUCUGCACAAGAGACGACCCCUGCUCGUCAAUGGCAGUAUGCAAGAUCGUCUGGGCGCCGGCAUUCAACGCCACACCCAAUACCACCACGAUUCCUCGAGGACAGCGACGAGCUAUGUCGAGGGAUCAAGUUCGAACCAAGGAGCUGGUGAAUCGGUACAACGUCGGACAACGAGAGAGAAUGUAAUCCCAGCCCAUAUUCAACACCCCCGCUGGCGGGGUAUUCUGCUGCUCAUGGUGAAAGACGAAGAGGCUCCACCGAAGCCUUGA